GGCGCCAACAACAAUAAAAAUAUGACGUACGUCAAUUGGCGCGAAGCUUAAACCAUGACAUCAUUAGACGACUGAAACGUGAAUGUAUUUUCCACUCACACACUUAUGUAUGUAUGUAUGCGUUACAUAUACUCGCAUGCUACUGACAGGAUAUUGAAAAUAAGCGAAAGGAAUUGUUGACCAAAAAGAAAACGAAAAGCUGAUUACAAUAACAACUAUGGCAAAUAAGGCAAGAAUAUUUUAGACGCAGUUUAUUGAAUUGAAAGCUGGUUCAGCAUGGAAAAUAAGGGCUAGUCAGCAAUUACUCGAAUUAUUGUGUGGGUCAAAAAAUAUUAAAGUGUAAAUAUGGCAGAAAAGUGCCGCCUUAAGUAGUGGGUGGCCUCUGGGGGCUGCCUGCCGGAGUGUGAGCUCUACUAAAUGGACAAAUAUGAAGCGGUUAAGCGUUAGUGUUGACGAAUUGGCAGUUUAGUUGUAAGCGGACAGCGGUAUGUGCAGGAAGCGUUUUUGUGUGUGCCGAGAAAGUUGUUGCGUAAAGUGAAAGCAUUAUUAAUUAAUUAUUAUAUUAAAGUGCGUGAAAUUGUGAUGUGUUAAUUAAUUUGUGUGUGCGAAAACAGAAUUCUAAUUUUAUUGGAGAAAAUUCUCUAGAAGAAUAAUUAAACUCUUGAAAAUGCAUGUAUAUAAACAAACACAGCAGACAUACACACGCACAAUAUAUUGAUUUUAGUUAGACAACAAAACAAUUGAACGCACAAAUAACGCUACAAAUGCAAACGCACAACGAAAUUUCCACCAAUUAAAUUUAAACGAAAGGCGCCACAGCUAAAGUACUUCAGUGCGCUGUCAGGAAAACCACACGACAAACACGCGCCUUCAAUAUCCGUUGAUAAUUUGUACUCUAAUUAACAAUGGCAUUGAAAAUUUCCAUAUUAAAGGCCGUUUUGGCUGUUGUCAACACAGUGCUGCCGCUGCUUGGCAUUGGCUUAAUUGCGCUUUCCGUUUACGAGUUGAACACCUCAACGCCUGGAACUAUGCAACACAUUUCGAUUGUUAUACAAAUAUUUAUUGGUUCAUUUGUCGUGUUAACGUCAUUCUUGGGCUGCUUUGGGCUGUGCCGUCAGUCGUUGGGCCUCACGUGGAGUUAUGUAAUCUGCAUGCUGAUCUUAGUCACAUUCCAAAUUUAUUUGAUCACCGUCGCCGGUGUCACCGAUUACGUUCAGAAUACCACCGAUCAUUUAGAUAAAUUAUGGAGUAAUAUCACCGUGAAUGCUGCGGAAAUUGCACAAGUUGAGCAACAGUACGAAUGCUGUGGCAGAUUGAGUAAAGCGGAUUAUAUCAAAUUGGAUAAACGCAUACCGAGAAAUUGUUACCGAAACUUUUCUGGCAACGAAACUGAUUUAUAUACAGAUAGUUGCCUAAGAGUGCUACAAGAUAUGGCACGAAAGAGUGGCAGCACUGGUUUGGCAAUUAAAUUGACGUUAUUCGGGUUUGAAGUACUUGCUUUAUUCUUCUCGGGCCUAAUGGGUAUUACCAUACGCAAUAAACGAAGAAGAGAUCAAUUUGUGGACAACUAAGGAUAUACACGAAAAGCUUUAUACAUAUGUGUCUAUUAACAAAUAUAUAAAAAUAUGUGUAUAUAAAUUACGAAUCAAUUCGAUACCUGAAAUUCUACACUAUGUGGCCAUUAAUUAUCAUCAAAAAAUAGUAAUAACAACAAAUACAUAAAAUAUUAAAUUAUAUGUGGACACACACUGGUUGGCAACUGAAAGCGCUGCAGUGAAAUUCUCUAUUUGGAAAUUCUCUCAUUGGAAAGGUUCUAUGAAAAUCCAUUUAUCCAACAAUGGAAACAUGCAACUGCAAGCGUCUCCAUUUGUAGCGGAAACCAUAAUAGUUGAUUAGUUGAAUGUGUGAAGUUUUUAUUGUUCUUAUACACAUAUUACAUAAUAACAUGUAUUAAAUAAGUAUUUGGUGUGAAGCUUUUUAUAAUAUUUCUUUUUUAUACAAAUAUACACCCGAUUUUAAGUAGUAUGCCAAUGUACAAUGUUAGAUUAAAUAAUUAAAUAUAACAUAAAUAGGUUAAUAAAUUUUAAAUGUU